AUGCACGUCGUCGCAGCGCCCAAGCACCAACAGCCAGCCAAGGACGACAACUCGACAGUGCUAUUUACAUGGUCCUUGGCCUGCUCUGCCCUACUCACCAUCGCCUCUGGAACACUCGUACUAUCGCCCUGGCUCCUCCUCUUCUUUGCCUCCGAACACCGCGAGCUCACGUCCUUGGAAUCGUUCCUUAUGCUCCACCUUGGCAUCUGCCUCUUCGCUGUGGCUCUCGCCUUGGUUCUCAACGCUCUUCCAUGCUCGGUACCACUCACUUGUUUGCAGCACUCCCUUCUACUCCCACUCACCUUGUGCUCAUUCAUCUCAUCGUUUCUCGCGUACAAUACGACAGAUGUCGGUUCUCUCGCCACCCUGACCUCUGUGGCGGCUGGUGUCAUCGCCAUCUGGGGUCUUUGGAUCCUCGUUUUUGGGAAUUCGUCUUCGAUAUCCAAGACCACCGGUGUCGAUAAACACACUUCGUCCUUCAUAUUUGGCAACACCUCUUCAGCGUCCGCUGAGAAGAAGAGAUGGAAGAGCAGACAUUCUUAA